AUGGCCCCGAGCAAGAGUCACCCUGCCCGCCACACCGCCGACCGUCACCACCACCACCGCGCGCCGUCGCACAAACGGCACCCCAGCAAGCCCCGGCAGCGCCCGCCGGUGGCCAUAAAGCCCGGCGAUGUCGUCGAGGUAAUCACCAAGCGGCACGGCUUCCAGCUCGCGCUCGUGCGCCGCGUCGGCGUCGACGAAGCGCAUGUCCACUGGGUGCGCAGCUCCGAGAUGGUGGCCCCCGACCAGGUGGUGCUGCGGCACGCUCAGUGCCGUACCGUGUCUCGCGGCAGCAUCGUGAAGCGGCGGAGGCUGUACUUCACCGACGUGGUGGAGCGGGUUCCCGCCUCACAUGUCGUCGGGAGGGGCGUGCUCAACGUAGCGGGGCACAUCGAGUCGUUCACGUGCUCCGAGCUGCUGCCGGCCGCCGAGCCGGCCGAGCUGCGCGCUUGCGUGCCCUGCCGCGCAGAGCAUGAGCGCCACGCCGCCGAGACGGAGCAGUUUGCGCAGCUCAAGCUGAACAGCGCCGACCUGUUCGCCGGCGGCGGGGGCAGCGUGCUCGGCGCCCUGCACGCGGGGUUCAGCGUGCGGCAUGCCGUCGACACCGACGAGACGUGUAUCGCCACGCUUGCUGCCAACGCAACCAUGCGCCACGUCGGCAUGCGGCGCAUGAGCGUCGAGGCGUACGCUGCGCACGUGAAGCGCGACCACCUCGCGCUCGUGUUUGCCGGGCCGCCGUGUCAAGGACACUCUGGCGCCAACCGCUUUCGCGACGUCAACGACCCGCGUAACGCCGAGCUGUGGACCACGCUCGCGGCCAUCGAGCGUAUCCGGCCCGACGUCGCGGUAAUUGAAAACGUCCGUGGAAUCAAGGACGAGCGCGAGGCCCCCGCAGGGACGAUAAACUAUGCCCGCGAGGCGGUCAGGCGGCUCCUGGCGAUGGGGUACCAGGUGCGUCUGGCGCUCCUCGACGCACGAUGCCUUGGCUCCCCGCAGUCCCGCGUACGGCUGUUCAUCCUCGCCGCGCGCCGGGGCGUGCCGCUGCCGUCGUUCCCGGCGCCGAGCCACGCCGCGCGCGUCCCGCAGACACUGCUGCGUAUCGACGGGGUGGACGAGCGCCUCAGUCUCGGGCCAGGAGGCCACGGAGCGCCGCUGCCGCCCAUCACGACGGCGCAGGCCAUCUCCGAUAUGCCGGCAUUCGACAUGUGGCGCCGCCCGCGCGGGUUCACGCGCCCAGUGCCGUAUGCGCGUCCUCCGGCCAACGACUUCCAGCGCCGCAUGCGAGCUAGCGGCGCGCUGCUGGCUGACCACCGUACAGAGCACAUGCGCCCGAUCGUGGCUGCCGUCAGCGGCGGCGCCGACGCCGACGACCACCUGCCUGGUGUGCGCCGUCGCGCGGAUGCACACGGCGCCGUCGGCACCCUGCUCACCUCUGCUCGGCCAGGCGGACGGGGCACCGGGGUCGUCCACCCCGAGCAAGAACGCGUCUUCACCGUCGCGGAGCGCAAGCGCUGUCAGGGCUUCCCUGACAGCUACCGCUUCCUAGGGGGCACGGCGGCUGCCAACAAAAUGAUUGGCAACGCCGUGUGCGUGCAGGUGGCCGAGGCCAUCUGCCGUCAGGUGAAGCACGACGUCUAUUGGGAGCACUGGCGGAGCGCUGGCAAGCCCGACACGAAGACGUUCUGGCGCUCGUGGCGAAAAGCCCACCCCGUCGGUGACGUCUAA